AUGCGGCGCGAUGCGCGGGUUUUAGUGGCAGUCGACCAAUCACAGGGCGCCGAGUCGGCGUUUCACUUCGCGCUGAGCCUGCUGUCUCGCAACGCCACCAUCUACGCUCUACACGUCCGGGACCCCAACACGGAGGCGGCAUGGAUGUACGAGGCAGAGCAGCGCAACAGCGCGGGGCAGGCGUUGGUGUGGGAAUACGAGGUGGAGGCACGCGCAGAGGAUUUGCUAGCACGAUUCCGAGGGAUGGCGCAUGCGGCUGGGAUAACGUGCCAUGCUGUGUCGCGCAAGGCGGGCGAUGCGCGUGCAGAGCUGUGUGAGGCGGUGGAGCGGCAGGCCAUAGAGCUGCUUGUCGUGGGGUCAAGAGGGCUGGGCGCCGUGUCCAGAGCCCUGCUUGGGAGUGUGAGCGACUAUUUGAUCCACAAUGCAUCUUGCCCAGUAUUGGUUGUGCCCAAUCCAUUCCAGCAAUGA